AUGACAAAGGUUGACGAAUUUAGAUAUUUGGGAUCCACGGUACAGAGUAAUGGAGACUGUGGUAGGGAGAUAAAGAAGAGAGUGCAAGCGGGAUGGAAUGGGUGGAGGAAGACGCCAGCAGUGACAUGUGACAGAAAGGUUUUCGCAAGAACAAAGGGAAAGAUUUAUAAAACAGUACUGAGAUCCGCCAUGCUGUACGGUAUGGAAACAGUACCACUAACGAAAAAGCAGGAAGCGGAGUUGGAAGUAGCGGAAUUGAAGAUGUUGCGAUUUGCUCUUGGAGUGGCGAGGAUGGACAAAAUCAGAAAUUAUUACAUCAGAGAAACAACACACGUACGUCGGUUUAGGGACCAAGCAAGGGAGGCUAGGCUAGGCUGA